AUGCGUUACGCGAUGAUCAUGGCCGGCGGCUCCGGCACCAGACUCUGGCCGAUGUCCCGCGACGGACAACCCAAGCAACUCAUCGACUUCAUCCACCAGCCCGACGGCUCCCGCGCCUCGCUGCUCAAGCUCGCCGCGGAUCGACUCGAAGGACUCGUCCCGCAGGACAGACAAUACAUCUGCACCGGCGCGCGCUACACCGAUCAGAUCCUCGCAUCGCUCACCACCUUCACCAAGGACCGCAUCCUCGGAGAGCCCCAACCACGCGAUACUGUCAACGCCGUCGCGUUCGCGGCCGCCGUGUUCUCCAAAGAAGACCCCGACGCCGUGUUCUCCGUCCUCACCGCCGAUCAACUCAUCGAGCCCGCGGACGUGUUCAACCAAUCCAUGGACCUCGGAUACAAGCUCGUCGAGGAAGACCCCUCGCGACUCGUCACCUUCGGGAUCAAACCAGACCACCCCGCCACAGGAUACGGCUACAUCGAGCAAGGCAGAGCAAUCGAAGGCACUGAAGGACAAGCCUUCGAGGUCUCCCGCUUCGUCGAAAAACCACCCCUCGAAAAAGCCGAGGCGUACCUCGCCUCAGGUCGCUACGACUGGAACGCCGGGAUGUUUGUCUUCCACGCCAAAACCUUUCUCGAUCUCUACCGCCGCUACAUGCCCACCAACGCCGAACACAUCGACGCGCUGAUCGACGCGUGGGGAACGGACCACCAGCAGCAGGUCCUCGACGACAUCUAUCCGCGCCUCGAAAAAACCUCCGUGGACUUCGGGAUCAUGGAACCCGCCAACUCCGCCAAAGACGUCACCAUCGUCGGCGUCAAGAUGGACAUCACCUGGCUCGAUGUCGGGUCCUGGCCGAGCUACGCCGAGACCAUCAAGCCGGACGCGGACGACAACCGCACCAUCGGGAUCAACCUCGCGUCUCAUGAUUCGUCUGGCAACAUCGUCAUCGGAGAAGGCGCCAGCGACAAGGAUCACACCAUCGCGCUCGUCGGAUGCGAUGAUCUCAUCAUCGUCCGCACCGACCGCGCCACGCUCGUGAUCCCCAAGGACCGCGCCCAGGACAUCAAGAAGCUCCACCAAGAACUGCAGACCGAGCUCAAGUAA